ACGCAAAAGACCACCUUCCCCGUUUCCACCGCCGUUUCUUACUCCCCCGUGGAACGCUCUCCAGCAAGUCUUGGGGAUGGACUCGAAAGAAAUCGGCAGCGGGUCGUCCGGUGCGGACCUCCUCCGCGAGAUCGAGAGGCUGAGGUCGGAGAAAGAGGAGCUCGAGAGCCGAAUUCAUCUCCUUGAGGCGCAAAUCAAGCCUCGGGGUGCCGCGGAGAAGGACAAGAGCGGCAGUUGCAGUUUGAGCUCGCUUUCAUGCUCUCAGAUGAAUGGCGCUACCAUUAGCGGCUUGAGCCCGGAGAUGAUCCACAGAUAUAGUCGCCACCUCUUGCUUCCUGAUUUCGGAGUCGAAGGGCAAUUGAAACUCUCAAAGUCUUCGAUAUUGGUGGUUGGAGCUGGAGGUUUAGGAUCACCUGUAGCUAUGUACCUUGCUGCAUGUGGUGUUGGUUGCUUAGGCAUUGUGGACAGUGACAUUGUUGAGCUAAACAACCUACAUCGACAGAUUAUCCACACAGAAGCAUAUGUUGGGCAAUCAAAAGUGAAAUCAGCAGCUUUUUCUUGUCAUGCAAUUAAUUCUUCUGUCAAGUUGGUUGAACAUCGAGAAGCUUUGCAGGCAGUGAAUGCUUUGGAUAUAGUCAGCAAAUAUGACAUUGUUGUUGAUGCAACAGAUAAUCUCCCAAGUCGUUACAUGAUUAGUGAUUGCUGUGUCUUGCUGGAUAAGCCUCUUGUAUCUGGGGCAGCACUAGGCUUGGAGGGACAGCUUACUGUGUAUAAUUAUAAUGGAGGUCCAUGUUAUCGUUGCCUUUUUCCAACUCCACCACCUUCUGCAGCAUGUCAAAGGUGUUCUGACAGUGGUGUUCUCGGGGUAGUUCCUGGGGUGAUCGGAUGUCUCCAAGCUCUGGAGGCUAUUAAAGUUGCUAGUGCUGUUGGUGAACCUCUCUCUGGAAGAAUGCUUCUUUUUGAUGCAUUAUCUUCUCGAACUCGGACUGUCAAGAUUCGAGGAAGAUCUCCAGCUUGUCUUAUUUGUGGUGAAAAUGCUGCAUUUACUCGAGAAAAAUUUCAAAGUUUUGAUUAUGAGAACUUCACACAAUCUCCUAUGUCUGAUAAGUCAUCCGAGAAACUGAACCUGAUUCCAGAAAGCUCUCGCAUCACCGGUAAAGAAUAUAAUGAAAUUGUUAAUACUGGUGAGCCACAUGUACUGGUGGAUGUAAGGCCAAUACACCACUUCAAAAUUGCAGCUAUUCCCAAGUCGAUGAACAUUCCACUAUCCAAUUUGGAGGAUAAGCUUUCAACCAUCGAUUCAGCUCUGAAGCAAGCAGCACAAGAUUCUGGUAAGUGUGCUUCCCUGUUUGUGGUUUGUAGAAGAGGCAAUGAUUCCCAGAGAGCUGUUGACUACCUGAGCAAAAAUGGUUUUCCUUCGGCCAAAGAUAUCGUCGGGGGGCUCCAAUCUUGGUCUCAAGAUGUUGACCACACAUUUCCCUCUUACUAGGGAACUCGUGGAAGUUAUGCUGCAAAUCUAGAUGAUCUUUUGGUGUCAUUACUUGGUUCCUGCUAAAGUGGACAACCUCAAGUGACACAAGUCAGAUUGUAAUGUGGUUAAAUGUCGGGUAAUUUAUAAGUUUGUAUGUUAAUACUCAUCUACUAGAUUUUGUUUUUUUGGAUGUGCACAAAAGCAAAGUGAAUAGAAACUUGCGGAAAAAAAA